AAGGACGAUACACCAUGAUGGACUAGGUGUCACGUUUCCAUGUUUAAGAAUACCUAGCUCACUACUGUUACUCAGUCGAGGAAACGAGCUCUUUAUAGUCUGAUUUAACAUGAAUUUUAUCAGGAAUAGAGACAUAUGGGGGACAUUCUGGUUGCUGGCCUUUUCAUGUCCACGACAGUCGAUUGUUGCUUUAGUUGACUCACUUUCCUUGUGUGACGACUGGAAAUACCUGGAGGUGGUAGAGAAGAGCGACGACAACACCUUUACCUGUACAGGACUGAGAGAACAGCAAGAUGUCGCCUGGUUAUGGAGUGGAAGUCUUGUCGCUACCUGUCCGCCCCCUCCGGCAUCCUGCACAUUCAGUCAGGCAGCUUUUAAUACAUUCUUCAGGAUCAGCAGAGCAUCGACAACAGCCAGCAACAUUACAGUUCUCGCCACAGCAUCUCCAACCCUGGACUACUUUGGUACAACUAGUCUGAGAUGUGAGACAGCUCAGGAAAGUGUGACAUGUCCGCUGGACUCAGGUUCGCAAGAGUCAGUAAGAGUUGGGUCAUUCAGUAUGAGCACAGAGGCCUCCACACCGUCAGGUUAUUUCUCAGGCACGUGUCACAUGACCUCUUACCUGCCACCUGACGGAAGAUACAGCUACACAGUGCUCAUCAUGCCAGGGGAAGUAAAUGUGUCCGCUGUAUUUUACGGAAACAAUGAAAUACGUCGACCUAAAAGUAUUCCACAUCACAACUGUCCCCUGUACGUCAAAGAAGACAACUCUGUAAGUUGUGUUUGCUUUGUCAACGACUUGGGUUCACCUCCUGGACAACUGAAGUGGAACAACAUGAGCUCAGAGCAACUCAUACUCCCAGGUGUGAAGAUGGACCAGCAUGGAGUGAACUACGUGUGUAGUCUCACCUGGAACAGGACAGUCGUGCAGUCGGUGACCUACACACUUCUUGUUGCUUGUGCGCCCAGAAGAAAUCCUGCUGAUGCUAACUAUACAACUCCAACUGUUGAAGAAGGUAAACCUGUGACGAUGGAGCUGAUUGCUUACCCUACAUCUGUGAAUGUGACCAAGUAUUUCCUGGGACCAAACGAAGAACCUGCCAGAGAAGGUGUAUUUCUUGUUGUCUGCAAUCCAAGUCCUCCAUCUAGUUAUAAAAUGCUCUGCACCAUCACUGUCACAAAAGUGACAUCGGACACAGCUGGCUUCUACAAGGUCAUGAUCAUCAAUCAGGCGGGAAACUUCUCAUUUGCUGUGCACGCUCUUCCUCAAAAUAUCGCAGGUCUCCUCUUCUCAUACAAGGCCCAGCAGUCUGUGGUCUCAUCUCAUUCCGUGUCGGUGGCUGACGGUGUGGGUACCAGCAGCGCCCUCGAGGAUCCCUUGGUGAAUAGUGUUCCUGGUUCAGUUACAACUGCAACAUCUCUUGACCUCCAACUAGCACCGGGCACUUCCAAGUAG